AUGAGCACCAAGCGGCAGCGCCGAGAGGGGCCGUCGUCAGCGCCAGCCGACCACAGCAGCGAGCUCCCGCUGCUGACAAGCGUAUCCGUAGUCUGCCGUGAUGCCACCUCGCAAUUACAGUCUCUCCCCCACGUGAUCUCCGCGAUCAAUGGCUUCGUGGACGUGACACACACCCGGUCCGUCGAGUUCGCCUGUUCCAUCGGCUCGGUGCGUCUCCUGCAACGGAUCAUUGCGGGCUACGAGCAACAGCAGGAUACAAGCGAGAAGCGCGACCCGCUCUUCCGCCAGAUCCGGUUCUCGAGAGGGAUGAAGGCCGCGUGCGAGGCGGGACAGCUCAUCAUUGUGCAGUGGCUGGCUCGGUCGCCGUACUUUGGGGCCUGCUUCAUGCCCACACAAGCUGUGUGCAAUGCUGUGAGGCUUGGUCAUAUGGGUGUGCUGGAGUGGCUGCAUGCGAACCGCACCGACAUUUGCUGGAGACGCACUCUUAAAGCCGUGAACGGGAAUCAUCUCGAUGCCGCCAAGUGGCUGCAGCCGAUGGCAGGGCAUCACCAAAGCUAUGGGCGACGAUGGAUUAUCCCAGCUGCACAAGUUGGCAACCUGGAGAUGGUCAAGUGGGCGUACAACCUGAUUGGAGAGACGCCUGGAUUAAGUCGGGAAGCCACUGAAGUAGCCUCUGACAAUGGCCGAGUCCAUGUCGUGCAGUGGUUGCUGGAGCAAACGGGUACUAACGCACCGAAGCACCCCGAUGCGUCGGGAUUGCUAUCAAAAGGCGGUAUGGAGGCCCUGGAGAUGCUGCUUAAACACGUUGAUAAUCUCCCCCAAGAAUGCUGGGUUAUAGGGCAAGUAAAUGCGAUAUCAAGUGGCCAUCGAGACGUCGCUGAAAGGCUUUUCACAAUGGGCUUCGAGUUAGAACUUGCGCACGAAGAUCGCUUUUCCCGAGCGAUAUCUACUGCUGCGGGCAAAGGUCAUCUCGAUGUGCUGAAGUGGCUAGCAGAGCACGAGCAGAACUUGGUGUUCACGUCCGCGUCGAUGGACAGUGCUGCUCUCGGCGGGAAGCUGGACGUUUUGCAGUGGCUAAGCGGAAACUGCGCCGAGGAUUGCACUGAAACAGGGGUAGCGUGGGCUGCCAAGAACGGACACUUGGACGUGUUGCGCUGGCUGCAUGAGAACAAACCGAAUGGGUUCAGUAAGAAGACGAUGGACGAAGCUGCAAGCAACAAUCAUACCGAGGUCGUGGAGUGGCUUCACACUAACAGAAGAGAGGGCUGCACAACCACCGCGAUGGAUGGUGCGGCGAACUCCGGCCAUCUCGAAAUGGUGAAAUGGCUUCACUCCAACCGGAGCGAGGGAUGCACUACGACGGCAAUGGACCAAGCUGCUAGGAAUGGCCACCUCGAAAUGGUGAAAUGGCUUCACGCUAACAGGAGCGAAGGCUGCUCACCGAUGGCGAUGGAUGAAGCAGCAGGUUGUGGGCACCUUGAUGUGGUAAAGUGGCUGUACGACAAUUGCACGGAGGGAUCAAUAGCGAGUGCAAUUAUGAGCGUGGUAGAUACACAUCCUGAUCAGGGCGGUGGGAACGGGAGUGUUAUGGAGUGGCUUCUCGAUAGGCGAACCGAAGAUUGCACAGCUUACGAGAUGGAUGCAGCUGCGAGAAACAGUAACUUGGAGGCGAUUCUACCUUUGCAUCGCCAAGGAAACGGAAGCUGUACGAGCGAUGCCAUAUCAUUCGUGUAUCUCUACGCGCGUGGCCGGGAAUUUCUGCCGUGGUUUUACGCAAACUAUCCCGAUCAAGCUGUUAUGUCUCUGAUUCCCGAGGAGGAGGAAAAGCUCUUGCUCACGUCCGCUACCGAAUAUCGAGACCAGUUGAUUUCGCAAAAGCAAUCGAGCGACAAGUCCAAGCCAGGGCCAAGAGACGAAGAGUAA